UUUUCUCCUCAUCACUCACAUCAUUCAUCAGCUGAAUGCACUGAUUACUCAUAUCGGCCUUGGGCUUUGCGUCUAUUAUCACCAACUGAUUACAUUUGGAUUGGAAGUGCAACCCAUAGCCCACAUCGCACCAUUUGCUAAUUCCCGCUUGAAUAGCGAGCAGUUCGUUUCCAUGAAUAAAAUGAUCGAAGCCAACCUGUUUGUGUUAAUGCCUCAGAGAACAAACUUGUACAAACAAUCAUUAUUCAGAUGGUUACAAACCAGAUUCAUGACCUCAAGUAAGCGAGUUCAAGACAGGAGCAAAAACAAACGAAUACACAAUCUCGAAAUAGUAACCGAAAAAUGCAAAAUUGUCUCCAAGGUUUUAUCAGUCAUGGAAAUCUUGAAGCAAGAACAAGAAAUGGUAAUCCCCGUCAGGAAUCUUGAACAACAUAGAGUCAAAAUCAAUCUACCUAAGCCCCAUAAAGUAUCGGAGUUUCUCCGAAAAUCGCCCAAGAUUUUCGAACUGUAUAAGGAUCAGAGACGGGUGUUGUGGUGUGGAAUGACUCAAGAAGGUGAGGAUUUGUUGGAAGAGCUUGAUAGGUUGAUUGAGGAGAAUUCUGAUAAAGCUGCUGAGUAUGUAACUAGGUGUUUGAUGAUGUCGGUUGAUAAGCGAAUUCGUGUGGAUAAGAUUGCGCAUUUUCGGAGAGAUUUUGGGUUGCCUAUGGACUUCAGGAUCAGUUGGGUGCAUAGGUAUCCUGAGUUGUUUAAGGUUGUUAAAUGUAGUGAGCAAGUUGAGCAUUUGGAACUUGUUUCGUGGAAUCGUGAUUGGGCCGUUACUGAGUUAGAGAAGAAGGUAGAAGGCGUAAGUACGCGUGAAGGAAGCUUGGAUGAGCGUGAACAUGAACAUGAACCGGGUCAGCUGUCGUUGGCGUUUCCUUUAAAAUUUCCUUCGAAUUACAAGAAGGUGUAUAGACAUGGAGGAAAAAUCGAGCAUUUUCAGAAAAGGUGUUAUUUGUCGCCGUAUGCUGAUGCUAAGGGGCUUACAGCUGGAUCAUUAGAAUUCGAUAAGAGGGCUGUCGCUAUUAUGCAUGAAUUGCUUAGUUUUACAAUUGAAAAGAGAUUUAUUACCACCGAUCAUCUUACUCAUUUUCGGAGGGAAUUUGUGAUGCCACAGAAGUUGAUGAGACUUCUGUUGAAACAUAUUGGGAUUUUCUAUGUAUCUGAGAGGGGAAAGAGGUUUAGUGUGUUCUUGACUGAAGCUUAUAAAGGACAAGAACUGAUUGAGAAAGGUCCUUUAGUUGUUUGGAAAGAAAAACUCCUGAGCCGUAUUGGUUACAGAGGAAAUAGAAAGAGGAUUGAAACAUUUAGUGAUUCGUCAGACACGGAGUACGAUAAAUUGGCUGAAAAUGAUCCUGAGAAUGAAAGCAUAAGUAUGCAAUUUGAGCAUGAAGAGACAAUGGGUGGUUUAGGAGAUGCUUUACGUGGGAACGAUGAUGAGAUGGAGAUUGAAGAGAUUGGCUGUGCAUAUAAAGAUGGUGAUGCAUCUUGAGGUCAUUGAAAAAAUAGUUUCUAACUUAUCUGACAAAACUUCAGGAAAAAAAAAUGCAUAUUGGCUAUAGUUAUUUCUGUUUUGGCUAAGCCUGGUCCAUCCUUAUCUUUAGCUCAGACUUCAUUGGGCAACUAAGCAGCUUUAGGAGGUACUGAGGUAGAGCUGCUUAAGCUUCUGGCCUGUAAAAGAUGGAAACUUCGCAUCCGUCCUGUAACCCUUGUGGCUUCAAGUAAAAGACUUGACGAGAAUCUACACCCCGAGAGAUGGGGUUCUGUUGCUGUUUUUCUGGAACGGAUGACAGGAAUUGGCCUCUCCUAAGUAAAUUCCGAAUGUACAUAGUAGCUCGGUCUCUUCAACUAAAGUUCAUUUGGUUUUACCAGUCAGCAUUUUAUUUCUUCUAAACCAGAUUGUUGACUGUCAAGCUGUUGAUUCAGUGCCUUUGAUCAUACAUAGUGUAGGACCGUGCAGGGUGAAGAAAACACAUGGUGUAGCAAAUUUCGAACAUCGGUCGGAGGCCAAUUGAAAGCUAGGCAGAUAUUUAUUAAAAUGAGGACUCAACUUGUUAAACCAUGAUUUAAUUGGCUGGCCAGCUGCAAGCAUCGACACUUCUUAGAGGUGCCAGGGGGACACCGGGAUACACCGGAGACAGGGCGCUAGUACGUAUGCUACACAUAUGGGACGCGGUAAAGUAGGUUUCCAACUUGCCAAAAGUGUUUAAUUAAGUACUUAAAAUUUGUUAUAUUUUCUUGUUAUUAAGAUAAAGUUAGGGGUAACCUAGAAAUUUAAUGCAUUUAAAAGUUUGGGGUAAGUCAUUUUCUGCCUUGCAGACAUGAUCAAGAAAAGCUUUCAAACCGACUACCGGUUUGAUUUUAGUAAAGAGUAAAGAGUUGAUUUGUCUUUGGUCAGACGUGGAUUGAGACAGGUCAAACAAUUUAGUAUAAGAUGACUUGAACAAAGUAAAUGGAUGCAGACUUAACCUGAAAUCUCUUGUUUCUUUAAAAAAGAUCUGAAAUCUGCCCUCAGUUUCAGAGUGUAAUAAUAUACCAAAUAGUUUAUCCUUAAAAACAAUUGGUGCUUUGAAAAUAAUAAAAAAAAGCAGAAAUUCUUAACUUCACUUAAAAGUUAAUUUAAAAAAAUAGAUUUGAAUAAUUUAAAGAAAUUGAAAAAUGUCGACCAAACGUA